AUGAGUCUUCAGGAUUUUGUUUAUACAUCAAAGGAAAUAGAUCGUAAUAUAUCAUUUGAACCAAUUCUUUACACAAAAACCAAAAGUGCUGAUGACAUUCCUGCGAUAUUUGUUUCUAAACUCGAAAAAGUAACAAAUAAGAUAUACCAAGAUUUUUGUUGUCGUCCAAUACCUCUUAAAUUAACACCUGCCGAACAAGACUCCUUUAAUAAAGUGGAAAUCUGUCAUAUUUGUAAGAAAGAAUUACUUGAUGAUAAAGUUCGAGAUCACUGUCAUUUUACUGGUAAGUAUCGUGGUGCUGCUCAUAACAGUUGCAACUUGCAAUGUCGGAAGCCAAUGAUUCUUCCAGUGGUGUUUCACAAUCUUAAAGGGUAUGAUUCACAUCUGUUUAUUAAACAGUUGUCUCUUUUGCCAGGUGAGUUAAACUGUAUUCCUUCAACAGAAGAAAAAUACAUUUCGUUUUCCAAAAACAUAAAAGUUGAUGAUUACAUAUCUCGUCGCACUGGAGAAACAGUUUCAAUGAAUUUUGGAAUACGAUUUAUUGAUUCGUUCAAGUUUCUUCGGACAACUCUUGCUAAUCUUAUUGGAAAUCUUCAACCGGAUGAUUUUCAUAACACCAAGUCUAUAAUUAAGGAUCCAAAGGCUGUUGAAUUGUUAACUCGUAAAGGAGUUUAUCCAUACGAUUACGAUACAUCAAUUGAUACUCUCUCUGAGACCAGUCUUCUACCUAAAUCAGAAUUUUAUUCAAAGCUAAAUGACGAAGGUAUAACAGAUUCUGAAUAUCAACACGCAUUAAAUGUUUGGAGUAGUUUUAAUUGUAAGUCUAUUCCUGAUUAUCACGAUUUGUAUCUCAAGUCUGAUGUCUUACUGUUAGCAGAUGUAUUUGAAAACUUUCGAGCAACGUGUCUUCGUCAUUACAAUUUAGAUCCUGCUCAUUACUAUACAUCUCCUGGUUUGGCUUGGGAUGCAUGCCUCAAAGAAUCAGGUCAAGAGCUUCAACUGUUGCAUGAUUAUGACAUGUUAAUGAUGUUUGAGCGAGGUAUUCGUGGAGGAAUAACUCACAUAUCAAAGAGAUAUGCAGAGGCUAAUAACAAAUACAUGGUUAAUUACAAUCCUGAUAAACCUUCUACUUAUAUUCAAUAUCUCGAUGCUAAUAAUCUUUAUGGGUGCGCAAUGUCACAACCACUUCCCACACAUGGAUUUAAAUGGUUAGAUAAUUUAACAGUUGACUCUGUGAUUAAAUUGUUAGAGCGUAGAAAGACAAAAAUAGGGUGUAUAUUCGAAGUUGAUUAG